AUGUCAACCCAAGACCUGACACCGCUCCCCCAAGGGGCAGGGUAUGGCGUUGUUGUCGGCCUCGGCCUGGCCUUUGGCAUUGGCAUGGUGGCCGUGAAUCGCUUUCUCGAACGGUCCAUGAACGAAAAGUCGGACCAUACUGAAAUGUUUAUGGUUGCCAAUCGCAGCGUGGGGACUGGCCUAACAGCAUCGGCGGUGAUAUCUUCCUGGAUGUGGGCUACGGCUAUUAUCUGGACAACGGCUCAAGGCUACUUGUAUGGAAUCGCAGCGCCUUUUUGGUACGCAGCGGGAUGUUCCAUCCAGAUUGCACUGAUGACAGUUUUGGCCAUUCAUGCAAAAGUCAAAGUUCCAAAUGGACAUACCGUAUUAGAGAUAGUAAGGUUGAGGUACGGGACGACAGCACAUAUAAUCUACAUUUUCCUCUGCCUUGUCACCAAUCUACUCUCGGUCACUUCGAUGAUCCUUGGUGCAGCAGGAGUGAUCACCGCACUCACUGGCAUGCAUAUCGUGGCAUCGACUUUUUUGCUGCCACUUGGUGUCAUUGUGUAUACAGUUGCUGGCGGGUUAAAGGCAACCUUCCUAACGGACUAUGUACACACUUUGAUCGUGAUGGUAAUAUUAUGUUUCCUCACAAUAAAAGUGAUCAACAACCCAUCCAUUACAAGUCUGAGCUCUUUUUACGAUAUCCUCGUCGACGCAGACAAGACGCGUGACAUUGCCGGGAACUACCAGGGAUCUAUUCUUUCGUUCAAGUCCAAGAGCUCUAUUAUAUUUGGCCUAGUCCAUUCAUUUGGAGAUUUCGCCUUGGUAAUCAUGGACACGAGUUUCUGGCAGAAAGGUUUUGCUGCUGAUACAGCUGCGACAAUGCCGGGAUAUAUGCUUGGAGGGAUAUCGUAUUUUGCUGUUCCUUGGGCUGUUGGCACAACUACUGGUCUGGCUGCAAUUGGGCUUGAAAAAACGCCUUUAUUUCCUACGUACCCGAGAAUGAUGACCACUGACGAGAUUAAUGCCGGAUAUGUUCUGCCCUACACAGUCAUGGCCGUUGCAGGAAAAGGCGGCGCUUUUGCAUUGCUACUUGUUGUCUUUAUGUGCGUAACCAGCACAACAUCUGCAGAGCUUAUUGCUGUGUCAAGUAUUUUUUCAUUCGACAUUUAUCGUACGUAUAUAAAUCCAAAAGCCAACGAUCGACAAGUCAUCAGGGUGUCUCAUUGGACUGUCAUUCUCUUUGGGAUCUUUGUGUCCGCCUUUGCCACGGCCCUUCACUACGGAGGCAUUGACUUGAACUGGAUGGGCUAUUUUCUGGCGACCGUCAUAUGCCCCGGAAUGUUCCCGCUGGCUUUUACUAUUCUGUGGAAAAAGCAGACUGCUGCUGCUGCGACGAUUGCUCCUGUGCUUGGUUUGGCAAGUGGUAUUUCAGUCUGGCUCGGAACUGCGUAUGCGUAUGCUGGGGAAUUGUCUGUUCUAUCAACCGAGGCACAAUUGCCUUGUCUUUGGGGUGCUUUGACUUCAACAUUUUCCUCUGCGAUCUAUUCCAUAGUCAUCACAUAUAUCAAACCUGACGAUUUUGACUGGAGAACUUUCUUGCUGUUGAGCGAAGUCAAAGACAGCAGCGACGAUGAGACGACACCGAACACUCCUAUCGCUGAGAAUAAAAACCUUGACUCAAUUGUUCAUCCAUAUCCUCCGCAAGAGCUGAAGCGAAUGAAUCGCGCUGCUGUUAUUGCCAGUAUUUUCAGCGCUAUAGUUGGGCUUGUUACUUGGGUUGUGUGGCCCUUGCCACUAUACCGCGACUGGAUCUUCACCAAACCGUUUUUCAUGGGCUGGACGACUGUUUCGGAGAUAUGGUUAUUUAUAUGCAUGCUUGUUGCAGUUGUGUAUCCGGUUUAUGAUGGACGUGAGGUAUUAGGCCGAGCAUUUCGCAUUUUAUUCCGGUUUUCUACGGAGAAGGAGUCGACAAACACUGUUGGUGAAGGAAGCACUUCUGUUCACAUAGGGACAGAAAAGAAUAUUACUGAGGGCCAAUCUUCGGACAAUUCGUCCAAGAUUUCGCACCAGCUACAAUUAACCUUCUCCGGGUUCACAGGACUAUGGAAACAUCCCCAGGACAAGGGAGGCGAUUUCACAAACCUGGAAUACUGGAUUAAUCUUGCAAAGGUAUUGGAAGAAGGAAAAUUCCAUGGCUUGUUUCUGGCAGAUCAUCUAGGCGUUUACGACGUGUACAAAGGCCCUGCAAACCCCAACCCGGCGCUCCUCUCUGGUGCCCAGUUUCCGGUGGGCGAUCCAUUUAUGCUGAUAUCCGCAAUGGCCUCGGCAACUAAAUCGCUCGGAUUUGGCGUGACCGCGUCCACUACGUAUGAGACUUCACCCUACGCUUUAGCGCGCAAGCUUUCUACACUGGACCAUAUAACGCGAGGUCGAAUUGGAUGGAAUAUUGUGACUUCAUUCUUGGACAGUGCAGCAAAAGCAUACGGGCUCGAUGAACAGAUUCCACAUGACGAGCGGUAUGCUCGAGCAGACGAAUAUCUGGAACUUACAUACAAGCUUUGGGAGGGUACAUGGCAAGAUGAUGCGGUGCAAAGGAACCCCGAAUCAAAGGUUUAUAGUGAUGCAGAAAAGGUUCGUCGAAUUGAGCAUGAAGGAAAAUACUUCAAGAGCACUGCAGCAAACCAGCUCCCCGCUUCCAAGCAACGCACUCCUCUUCUAUUCCAAGCCGGAGCAUCAUCAGCCGGAAAGGACUUCGCUGCGAAGCACUCUGAAGUCAUGUUUCUCCCUGGCCUGGAACCCGAGAAAACAGGGGCAAUCGUGAAAGACAUGAGGAAACAGCUUGUCGACGUUGGUCGAGCUCCAGAUGGUAUCAAAUUCAUCGCAGGAUUUUUAGUUAUUGUCGACGAGACCGACGCCAAAGCCCAAGCAAAAUACGAAGAGUACCUCUCGUACGCGGAUUUGGAAGGAAUGGCCACGCUGUUUGGUGGAUGGACCGGCGCCGAUCUCUCCAAGUUUGAGGAUGACGAGGAUUUCGCCUUUACUGCAGUCGCCGGUAUCCAGUCUCUGAUACAAAGCUGGUCCAAAACAAUACCAAACUCUAACGGACUAAAAUGGACAAAACGCAGGAUUUUGCAGGAGCUUGCUCUGGGAGGAGUUCAUCCGCGAGCCAUAGGAUCUCCGCAAACAGUGGCAGACAUACUUGAGAAGUGGGUUAACAUUGCAGAUGUGGAUGGGUUUAAUUUCUCAUAUACUAUCACUCCGGGUACCUUUGAGGACAUGAUUAAGUACUUGUUUCCUGAAUUGAGAAGACGGGGCGUUAUUUGGGAAGACUAUGAUGUUCCUGGUGGUUCCGCACGCGAGAAUUACUUUAUGGAUGGCAAAGGGCCGCAGGUCCGCAACGAUCACCCGGCUGCGACGUAUAAAUGGAAGUAG